GUAUUAAUUUUGCAUUUUACAGGCUAAGCAUAAUUCAACCAAUCACAAUGCGCGAUGUACAGCUUGGUAAUGUUGAAUACUGAAAUUUAUUUGUAUUAUUUCAUUCUGUUUGUUGACUUUGUUUUGGGAACUUAACGGCGCUGUGCCUACAACUAGUAUAUUGUCAUCGAUUAUGGAACGAUUAUGGAUAUCUCUUUGUUUUCUUGUUAUAGCAGCUAUUGCUGUCAACAGUGUGUCUGCAAUGUUUCUUCCGAAAAGUAAUAAAUUCCGAUGUAGUUUAUGUGAGGACAAAGACAUGUUAAGGUGUGCUGACUUGAAGUGUCCGCUCGGUUCUACUCCUGUUAUGGAUACAUGCGGUCGCUGUAAAAUAUGCGGAAAGACGGAGCAAGAGGAAUGUGGGGGCGUCUGCAAUAUGUUUGGUUUUUGUUCUGAAGGUCUUCAAUGCUACACCGGUCCACUGGACACUCACAAGAAAGUCGAUGUACGCAUGAUUGCAGAGAAGUUCACAAAUGCGGGCAAAUGUAUGAAACCAUCGG